AUGACAUCAAAUGGUGAUGAUGACAUUAAAUCAAUGUUUGUGUAUACUAGAACGUAUCUUGAUGAAUUUCGAACUGAAACUGCAAAUCAAUUGGAAAAAACACUGUCGAUUCAAGAUAAUGUAUCUGCUGCUGAAUUACUUAUUGUUAAUGAUAAAAACAAACUUAUUGAAUUGAAUAAAAAACUUGAUCAAGAAAUAAUUUCUUUUGGUUAUUUAAAAGAAUCGAUUGAAGUAAUUGCGUAUAUGUAUCAUAUGUAA